UUUCUUAAAAUGGAAUUCUUGAUUGAAAAUGAUGUGGCUGGUGUUAUAAAAUAUAAGUAUCCAAAAGCUGAAUAUCAUUAUCUGAUUAUCUGCAAAGAGAAUAUCCCAUGUCUGACAGCACUAAAGCUAGAACAUCUGUCUCUGCUGGAGAAAAUGAAUGAAUUGGCCAAUGAAAUCAUUAAGCAACAAAAUGUGCGCUCCAGUCAAUUUCUUAUCGGUUUUAAAUUGGAUGCCUAUAAGUUGGGUCUCAAUAUGCAUGUCCUAUCCAAUGACUUCUACUCACUUAGCAUGCGUCGCAAACAGCAUUGGAAUACCUUUAACUCAGAUUUAUUCAUGAGUUAUCAGGCUGCAUAUGCGCUGAUAGGCGUUCAGGGCUAUAUUGAUCCCAUGCCCGAAGAGAAGAUAAACAUAUUACUCAAUGAAGAUAACUUGCACUGUAAUCAAUGCGAUUUGCAGACCAACAGCAUUUGCGUAUUAAAGCUUCACCUCUUUCAACAUUGGAAGGAGCGUGAUGACAAGCUAAGUGCCAUGAAGGAAAUCAAUAGACUUACACACUUGCUCGAUGAGAACAAGUUGGAUGAUGUUCCAAAAUUAGAGACAGCAAAUACGGCUGUUAAUGAGCUUCCAGAGAAACCAGCACCACUUAGCUGGCGCCAAAACAUGGGACAAUCACCAACUGAUCCGCAGAAAAAUGCUAUCGCUAGGCACUUUCAAAAACCUGCUAAGAAACAAGCUGCUGAGCAGCCGCAACUUCUGAACCAAAAUCUUCAACAACAAUUCAAUAUUAAUUCUCAGCGUGCUGAAGCUCAAAACGCAAUUUGGCAGCAAGGUCCAAAUUGGCACAGGCCACAGCAAGCUUUUAAUCAACAAAUGCAAAAUGGAAUUUGCAAUUCACAAUUUAACCAGCAUACUCAGCCCCGCUUAAAUCCGCCAUUCGCCCAGCACACUCAGCCCCACUUCAAUCCGUUUAAGCAGACACCAAAUCAAAUACAUUAUCCAAGACCAAAUGUGGACAAUGUUAGGUAUCCAGUGAGACAAAGCUGUCCUGCGGCUAAAUACCAUUGGCCACCCAAACCGGAGACAGCAAUUAAUACAACUAACGACAAGUUUCACUGGAUGCGUAAGCCCGACCAACAAAAUGCUGCAAAGCCUGCAACAAAUAGCGUAGAGAACAGACCAAAGCCUCUGCAAAGCCAAGUCCAAAACAACGCAAAUAACGAUGCAACUCGCAACAAGCUUCACGCCCAACAAAAUGGUUCAAAGCCUCCGCAGAGCCAAGUCCAAAAAAAGACAAAAAACAGUGCAUUUAAGCCCAAGCAAGCAGAUGUUAAGAAAACUACCAGUCUGGCAAAUAACGGUGCAAAUAAGCCCACGCAGGCAGAUGUUAAGAAAACUACCAGUCUGGAGCAAAAGCAAAACCAAGCGCCAAAAUUCGAGAAGAACUGGAACAAGAAUAAGAAACCAAAUACUUCAAAAGCCAGCAGCUCAGAAGCCAGCAAGUCAAAUAAUUGAAAUUGAAUCCAGCAUAAUAUACAAGCAUGUUUGUUCACUGAUAAAUAAACUUUUGUGCCUUAUAAGCAAAUAAAAAUAAAUGU